CAUAAAUGCUCCAUCUCCACACAGUGACACAGUCUCCAUCAGCAUACACACUCUUCCUCAACCUGACCUGAUGGUGAAUCCAGCGAUGAUCACAGAGACAGACUCAGUCACACUGAAGUGUCAGACUCCAUCAUCUGUGUCUGUGUCUCAGUGUCAGUACUUCACUUUAAGUGGAGGAACUGUGAGGACAUUUUCCUGUCUGCAGACAUUGACAGGAAGUGAGCUGCUGAAGAUGGAUCAUCAGAGUUCACCUGCUGAGGUCCAAGUGAAAUGUUUUUACACUGUUCAGAGUGGAGACAGAAAUGCUCGAUCUCCAGAAAGUGAAUAUUCCUCUGUCUCUGUUCAAAGUGAGACAAACUCAAACAAGGAGAGUCUCAGCACUUUGACAACCUCAGUUUCUAUUGUAACUUCACCUGCUGAUCAAGGUAUUGUAGAGAAAGAGUCCAGACGGACCCAGAGGACGCCAUCACUCAUCACAACCACAGGUCUGCCUACAAGUAGCUCGAGUGCCUCCACUAUUGUGAGACCUUUAAAAAAAACAUCAGGUUGGACUGUUGGCACAGCAAGUAACAAUGACGGUCCCAACUUUGCCCACUCAACAUCAGUGAAACCAGAAUCAGGUCCGACUGUAAGUCCUCCGGAUACUAAAGAAUUGUGGAAUUGGACGUUUGUCUGGGUUUUCGCUGGAUGUGGAUCUACUGUGGUCAUCACAGUGAUUGUUAAUGUUAUUCUCUGGAAGAAAAGAAGAGCUGGUAUUGUAGAGAAAGAGUCCAGAAGGACCCAGAGAAUGCCAUCACUCAUCACAACCACAGUCACAGGUUCUGAGGGAAUGGAAAGGAGUGAGUCUCGGAAAAGCAACCGGUCUUUGUACCAUAUUUACUCUACCAUCUAUGAGGGUCAGACUGCAGCAGCCAGCAAAGACAUGAUCUACAGCAAGCUGCAGGCACACUGACAUGCUAACAGUUUAAAAGUGUGUUCAAGAAGAGAAGAAGUUGACUGAUGUGAUGUAGAACCAGAGGUACCCAUCAUGGACCAGACAGCAGCUGUCAUAUUUCUGAGGUAACGGUAACGGCCCGAGGCCCGAUGGUUGGGGACCCCUGAUGUAGAGUAAUCCUGAGCUUCUGUCAUGUCUUCUUCUCAAAUCAACCAAGAUGUAAAACGAAACCAAAGUUUUCCAAUGUCUUUCAGUCAGAAUAUCAAGUUCAAUCCAAAAGUGUUUGAUUGAAGGUGAAGACAAUAUUUUUGGAUUAACUUCGUCUCAGUCUUGUUGUUUGCUUACUUCUGUACAAACACUGUAUGCUACAGACCCAAUGCAAAAUAUUUGAAUCUUUGUAUAUUUCAAAUAAAACUGAAUUAAUGUGU